AUGUCCGCCGCUGCUGGCAAAACACUUGCCGACUACAAGGCGCCGUACCCGAAGCCGACGUCGCGCCAGCGCCGCUAUGUGAUCCUCCUCGAUCCCAAAGGCGACAACGCGGAGCUGAACGACUACAAGGUGGAGCUCAUCCCUGGCCGCGUCAAACUGCUGGAUGGCGCCAACCACUACUUCCUGGGCGGUAAGAUUGAGGAGAAGACCAUCGAUGGCUGGGGAUACCCCUACUACGUCGUGACGCUGGCAGAAAUGGCGGGGACGGCAAUGCUGCCCCUCGGCAACGCAGCGCACAAGAAGCUGCGCUUUGUGCCACUGCACACCAGCAGCCUCUACCGCUACAACAGCAAGCUGCCCAUCGUGGUGUACGUGCCGAAGGACGGUGUGUUACGCUACCGCAUCUGGACUGCCAAAUUAUCCGGUAGAGGUAAGGCUAAGAGCAUCAAAGCGAAGGAGAUGUGA